UCCUGGUUGUGCUGUCUGCCAUCUGCCUGUUGUACUUCCUCCCUUCUUUGCUACUCCUCCAUCGGCUUUUUCAAACUUGGGGUCUAGCCGAGUCUUAUUUGUCCCCUAUUCUAUAAAUACCUUUGCUGUCACGAUCUAUCGUCAGUCCCCUAGGCGUACCCCUGCACAACCGACCCCAAAGCUUCGUGCAGCUUGCGGAACGGGGCGAUAGACUUAAUUCAUCAUGCAGAACUACAACCAAGCACCUCAAGGAUAUCAGCGGCCGGGAAGUACAGCUAGUUUUGCGGGGCAGCAAGGCCCGGCUCCCCCCCCGCCAUAUGGAGCUCCUCAAGGCUUCCAAGCGACGUCUCCUCCUGCGCAGAGUCAAUGGGCACCGCCUGCCCAGAACCAACAGCCCGUACAACAGCAAUGGAAUCAGUCCCCGCAGCAGCAGCAGCAGCAGCAGCAGCAACAGGGAAACUGGGUACAGCCACCGCAACAGCAGGCAGCGCAACAGGGAGGGAGUGGGUAUAACCCGGGGCUGUAUGGUGCAAUGCCAGGAGCGUAUAAUCAAGGACAAGGAGCUACUGUAGCGUCACAAUAUCCCCCGCAACAACAACAACAGCAACAGGAUCUACCUCCUCCUCCCCCUCCGAAACCUCAAGGAUUUGCAGCUGCAGUUCAACAGCAGGCACCACAGCAGCAGAAUCAGCAGACUUGGCCCCAACAACCUGCAUACAGCGCGCAGCAACAACAGCAAAGCUUCCAGUCUUCACAACAGAAUACUGGGUUCACUCCCCAGGGACAGCAGGGAGACUUCAGUCAGCAAGGACAACAGGGAGGAUAUCCACAGCAGCAGGGCGGAUUCCAGAAUCAAGGCGCACCGCAACAGCCAUACAACAGUGCUGCUCCCCCACCGCCUUCACAGACUCCUGGCGGUUCCUACUUCCCUCCAAGCCAGGGGAGACCGACCUCGAUAUACGGCGCCGAUCAAGCCGGGGCAUACUCGAACCCCUCGUCGGCCGUGACACAACAGCCCCCAAACUCAGUGCUAAGCCCCAACGAACAGCACCCCGCGUAUAUACCGCCCUCGCUCACAGGCCAGGGUGUGCAAUCGUACAUGCCAUCGAACACGAACCCAAUGCCUGGUGUCUAUGUUCCUCCUCCACCUGAUAUUCCAGCCUGGCAGCAGGCUCAGCAUGCACCUUUGCAGGGAGGGAAGAAGUUCAAGUACACUAAGCCGAAUAUCCAACCUGCCUUUCAACCCCAAGGAUAUCAGGGGCAGAUAGGAAUGCAACCACAACCGCAAAUGCAACAAGGCCAAUUUGGACAGCAGCCUGGGCAACCCCUACAACAGCAACAGCCAUUUAAUCAGCCAGUGCAGAACCAAUUCCAGCCCCAACCUCAGCCUCUGAUGCCGCAACCAGGGCAAUUUGGGCAAUCUACGCAACCUCAGCAACAACAGCAAUUUGGACAGCCAAUGCAACCACAGGGCCAAUUCCAACAAGCACAACAGCCUCAACAACUCACUCAGUCGCCGCAAGGCCCUCAGUUGCAGCAAACUAUUCAGCAAUUUCCACAACAAGGACAACAGUGGCCAACGCCACCGGCAGAUCAAGCAUAUGCUCAGCCAAGCAUCCCGCCUUCCUAUGGCGUACAACAACCGGUUCAACAACAGGGGUGGCAGCAAGGUCAUCAAGCUCAAGGAUCAGUUGCCGGACAGCAAUAUCCUCAUGGACCGGAUCAAGGUAUCCAAGCCCCAAAGCCUAUCAACGGCCACACUGGAAAUACUCCUCCGAACUUUGUCACUGACCCAAGCCCCCAAAGCCAACCGGUAUCUCCAGUACAGAACCGACAUAGCAUGAGCUUCAGCUCUGCACAUGCCCAAUCGAGUCUAGGGCGAACCGGCUCCGUCAGCUCGAUCGCUUUGGGUGCAUUGCGGAACCAGAACAGGAUUGGGACAUCGUCGGUGCCACCAGCAGCACCUACGCCUCCUCCACCGCAGAAGCCAAGUCAACCAUCUGCUCUCGCUGCCAGUGCUCUGGGCAGCGGUGGCCCUUCAGACUGGGAGCAUUUUGGGCAUGUCGAGGAUGAGAUUGAUGACGAGGAUAUAUUUGGAGCAAAGAAAGAUGAGAAGAAAAAUGAGCCUGCACAGUUGGAUAGUGUUGAGCUGCCGGUCCAUCCUUCUCCCCCAUCAACAGUGCACGAGUGGCCCACUCCACCCCCUCAGUCUGCGCAGCCUGCGCCGCUGAAUGUGGGUAUUCAGAGGAGAGAUACAUAUCAGCCUACGCCUCCUCCUAAGCCUGAUAGCACCCCGACUCAAGCGCCUUCUGAGCCGCCUUCACAAGGUUUUGUUAUGGAUGAAGGGAUCGUGGUUGCAAAUACGACAGCAUCACCCCCGCCCGCGCAGGUUUCACACCCUACACCUGCUCAGCAGAAUUUUGUCAUGGAUGAUGGAUGGGCUCCGCCGAAACAAAGCACGCCUCAACAACAACAACAGCCACAUCCUCCACCUCCUACAGGCACUACAUUUACGAUGGACGAUGGUGGAUGGGCAGCGCAGUCAACAUCACCACCAGCUAGACAACAAACUCCAGCCCAACAGCAACCACCACGGCAGCUGCCCGCUGACAAUGCAUUUGUUAUGGACGAUGGAGGCUGGAGUGCAGCGCAACAGACUCCAACACAAGCGUCUACAGGUUGGGGUGCGCAACCUAAACUUCAGAAACAAAACUUCGCUACGGAAUUAAAGGACAACGGUGAGGAUUAUGAACGGCUGAAAUUGGACAUGCAGAACGAGCUUGCAGCUCUUCAAACCCAAAUUGAUGUCUUGAAAGCGGAAGCCGAAUCCUCGAAAAGCCAGGCUGAGGCCGAGAAAAGUGUGCUGAGCAUGCAGAUCGAGAGCAUGAAAGCUGACGCCGAACAAGCCAGAAGUAAUUCUGAAGCCGCGAACAAGGAGAAAGAUAUUACGAUCGAACGGCUAAAGGAAGAAAUCGAAGGCAAACAUGAGACUAUCCUUGAGAGAGAUGCUACCAUUGCAGAUCUGAAGCGACAACUCGAAUCUGAGAAGCAGAAGGAAGUGCCGAAGCCAGCACCUGCUGACCUAGUUCCAGAUAUUAAUCCUUGGUAUGCGGGGUCUUUGGAAAGAUACAUUGCCAUGUUGAGGAGCGAGGCUGGUGAACCGCAGGUCGAGGAGAAGAUUAAGGUGUUUACGGGCUUUCUGGCCGCAGAGUCGAGAGCUAGAGGGCUGGAUUAUUAUUCCACACUCCCAGCACCGGUGCCGGUACAAGAACCUGUAAACUCGCACCCUAUCGUAGAGCCAGAGCCGACCGGAAUAUCGAGGGGUGCGUCAAAUGCUUCAGCCAAGAAGCCGGCCAUGCAUAUCCAGAUGCCACAGCAAACUCCUGUCGAGGACAUUGAGGAGCCUCGGUUCAGUCCUGGAGGAAGACCCAUAGUACCGCAAAGACAGCCGACUCUCAAGUCCAACGACAGUGUGCCAACCGAGCAGUCGUUUAUCAUGGCUAGUGGACCUGAGCCACAUCCUCAGAUGACAACGCCCGCGGAUAGUUUUCAACGCUCAGGGAACAGUCAGCCUUUACAUCGGUCCAGUACUGUUGGCCUUCCAAGCGAGCCCUCCUCUCAGGCAAGCACCAUCCUCACCCCGACCAGUUCAGCCGAUGAUGAUUUCAACAAGACGCCGAUACAGUCGCCACCCGAGGAACAGCCACAACCGCAGUAUGUUGCAUUCAAACCGAGUGCCGCUAGAGAAGAUUCAUCAACAAGUCAUCGACAGUCUGUGUCCUUUGGUACUCCCUCCUUCCAGACACCAAGCUCGGGUCAUAACAAUGACGAGAUAUUCUUCGGUCAACCACAACCGAGCUCGAAACCCACGAGUAGGCCAACGACGAGUGCAAGCAAACUAUCUGAUGUGCCGGUCCCUGCGCCUCUAAGCGUCACGCCUACCGCUUCAGUCACAAAGAAGAACGCCGUCGACAUUCUUGCCGAUCUCCUGCCCAAGCAAACAAAUUCUUCCACCCCAUGCCCUGGCCUUGAAGAAAUACGCAAAUCCGUUAUCGCUCUCCCAUCUGAAUUCACCUAUAUCACUGAAUUAACAGCCUCGUGGGAGAAAUCCGCCGCUCAAGUCCGCUCCAAGAACGACGCCGCUCGUCGCGCCCGCCAAGAAAAAUCUGAAGCUCGCACCGACGAGCUAUUCAACGACAACGAAAUCAGCUAUGCAGACAUCGGCGCCAUUGAAGACGAAUUCAAGGAGAAAGAACGCGAACUCAAAGCGCAAGAAGAUCGGGACGAAUACAAAGAAUACGUCAAGAAUGUCUUUGAUAAAGUGUAUGAUGGAUUGCAAGAUCAGAUUAAACACCUCAUGGAAGCUCAUGUCAGCGUGGAAGCGCUGUUGCUGAAUUCUGUCGCUGUCGCUAUCGCUCCGCCCGCUGACUUGGGCGAGGGAAGUGAUGUCCCAAGCACGAAAGACUGCCUAGAGCUCCUUCAAGAAAUUCACAUGCUAAUCGAAGUCCGACAUGAGAAAGUCGUGGCCGCGGUCGCAGACCGCGAUAAGCGGUACAAGAAAACGGAAAUUCAACCCCUGUAUGCGGCAGGCAAUAUUGGCAAGAUGAAACAAGUCGAGCGCCAUUUUGAGAACGCCGAACGCCAGGCGGUGCUAAGGGCUAAGGGGGAGAAGGCAGAGAGAGUGGGCGAGUUGGUCCGUGUGUGUGAGGAUUGCGUUGUUAGAGCUGUUGGGGGGUUGCAGGGUCAUGGAGAUCGGAUUUUGAAUGCGGUAAGGGGUUUGGAUAAGACUGAGGUGGAAGGGAGGGGGGAGGAGGUGUUGGAACGAGCGAGUCAGGCGUUGGGCGACGUUAAACAGACUUCUAAAGAUCUACUGUCCCUAUUUAACGCCCUGGAAAUUGAGCUAAACUCCGCAGUCCUGGAGGCGGAAAUUGCGCAAGCGCGAGUGGAGAACUCGGAUGGUGUGAGAGCCAAGGAAUUAGAGAUCGAGAUGGUGGAGGGAGAGAAGAAAUUGAAAGAAGAGUUUCAGCGCAGGGUUGGGGUACUAGAUCAGGAUAAGGAGGCAGUGGAGAGGUUGUUCGAGGAGAAAGGUUUGAAGGUAGUGCUAAGUGAGGAGCAAGAGAAGCAGUUGAGGUUGAAGAUGGCGUUGGAAGAGGCGAAGAAGAGGAAUGGGGCUAAUUAAGUCCAGGAUGAGGGGGUUUGGGUUAGGUUAGCUUGCUCUGGGCUGCAUAUAUACCAUUGAGGGCGUUUAUGCGGGCUUGACACUGGUUUGAGAAUAUCCAUUUAGCAUUGGAGUUUGGAAUUUGGGGUUUUCAUUUCUGGUGUCCCAGUAAAGCCAUCAUAUUGCCUAUUGAAUUGGAUAUGUUUG